UUGCACGACAAAAAUACAAAAGUUAAAAGAACAAAUGCUAAUGUUUACGUUUAUAUUUAUCAAGGCUUAAAAGCCAAAUGCAAUACCUAAUAACUUUUCGGUACCCACGACUUUACGUCGGCUGUAAUUAUGAUAUUACAAAUAAAAUUCCAGAUUUCGAAGUAAUUGUUCUCAAGUGAUGUGGCUAACUAUUAUGCUAUGGGCUAUAGCUGAGUGUUUCAAAAGCUAAUAUAAACAUUUGGAACUUGAAUUAUUGUCGGGACUAAAUCAAUUAUCAUGGCAACUGUUUUUAAUAGCCCAUUUUUAACCCAAAGACUGCAUCGCUUAAGACAACGAGAUUUAGACUAUGAUGAAGACCAAAGAUUUGGUCGUUGUGAUUGCACUAGUUAUUCAUAUUUCGCUUUAUCCAUGGUGCUUUUUUCAGUGGGAAGUGUAAUUACAGUUUUAGCUUUAGGUGAUGCAGAUGGUUACAUAUUUAGUAACUUGGGACAUAUGUGGUUAGUAGGACCUAUAUUUAUGUGUUCUGGAUUGAUGGUUGCCGUUAAAAGUAUGCUCUACUUAAGAAGAAAGAGUGUAAUACAAAUGCUUUUACAUCAGAGGGCUAUAUUUCGGGAUUUGGCAGCAGCACAAGCAGAGCAAGCCUAUUCCGGAGGAUUGGCUGCUCGAAGUGCAUCUACAGCCACAUUACCACCUUCUUACGAAGCGCUGGUGACUCCUCUAGCACCACAAGGCACAAGCAGUGAAGCGCCACCUCCUAGCUACGAAGAAGCUAUGUUUUUAAUGGAAAAAUCGAAUCAUGCAGCUGAUGAUAAAACUUCUAGUCCUAGAAGGAAUCACAAACCUUAAAUAGGUUCUUAUUUUAUUUUAUUUACUUACUCACUUUUAUUUCAUAAUUUGACUUUGAUAGAAUAUUCAGUAAAUGAUAAUGUUUAUAUUAUUGGAAUAUUGUGAUAAUGUAAUGUUAAAUAUGUGGCUUAAAUAACAUUUAACAUUAAAUCUUAGGAUUAAUUUACCAGGCCAGUUGUUGAGUUUGGAAAUGUUUAGGAUUGCAAUAUUGGAAAGGAAUUAAAUCCUUUAGAUAUUGUUCAUCAUUUUUUAAAAGUUCUUCCCUAAAUUUUAGAAAGCAUUAAGACUAAUGUAAAUUAUAUAGAAAUUAUAAUCAUAAACGAACAUGGAACACAUGCAGCUUACAUUAUCUUGUUUUUGUAUAUAGUAAUCUAAAUAGCUGCACUCAUGAACUAGAAUAUAAAAUCAUGACAAACAUACUUAAAGUGCAUUUAUUUAAUUAACUAGUUUAUAUAUUUGUUUGAUAAUUCUUUCAUUGAUCAAUAUAUAGUAU